CUACCGUCUUUUUCCGUUGAAACAAUCUCUCGUUGUAUCUGGUGCUCCUGUACUUGAUUAUCAUUCAAUAUGUCGGACUCGUAUAUCCUCAUCAAAAGGGCAACGGUGAUCUCGAUGGAGGCAUCCGGCAGGGAUGUCCGAGAUAACUGCGAUAUCCUCAUAGAGAAUGAGCAGAUCAAGGCUGUCGGCCAUGACAUUUCUCCUCCAACGGAAGGAAAGGUGGUCACCAUCGAUGCAGAAAGUUGCAUUAUUACUCCAGGCUUCGUGGAUGGCCACCAUCACAUGUGGCAGCAUCUCUUAAGGGGGAUCACAGUGGACUGGUCUCUUUUUGGUUAUUGCUGUCACCUGCGGGCCGUUUACGGAAGCCUGUACGAACCAGACGACGUUUACUUCGCCAAUUAUGCCGCCGCGUUGAGUCUGCUGAACAAUGGCGUCACAACUGUUCUCGACCACUCCCACAUAAUGAACUCGCCCGCACAUGCAGACGCAGCUGUGAAGGGCCUCAAGGAUGCUGCUAUCCGAGGUACAUUUUGCUAUGGGUUCUACCAGAACCCUACAGUACCUGGCGAUCUUGCGAGUAUGGCAACAGACACGUUUGACCAAGCCGCUCGAAUCAAAGAUGCUCUUCGUGUGCGCGAGGAACAUUUCCCAAAUAAUGAUCCAAAUAGUUCGCUUCUCACGUUUGGAAUUGCUCUGGACGAAGCGCCGAUGCAGUCUCGAGAACAGAAUGUUAGGGGGUUGGAGACUGCAAGGAAACUGGGAGCUAGGCUCAGCACUGUGCAUACUUCGGUGAUAUCUCAUGGGGAACCAAAGGCUGAAGUCGUGGAGCAGUUUGAUGAUGCAGAUGUAAUGGGGCCAGACCUCGUGUUUAGUCACGGAGGUUGGAUGACCGAUAGCGAGCUGGCUGCAGUGCGAGGUUCUGGCGCUGGCAUUGUUGGAACUCCCGACACGGAGCUGCAGAUGGGCAUGGGAUAUCCUGUGGUAUGGAAGGCGGCCGAUCUGGGAUGUCGGACGUGCCUUGGACUUGACAUCACUUCGAAUCAGGGCAAUGAUUUCAUGGCCCAGAUGAGGUUGGCGCUUCAGACACAGAGAGCUCGUGAAUAUACAAAUACAGUACACAGGGAGGUCGGUAGAAAAACAGCGGACAUAUUACGCAUGGCAACCCUGGGAGGGGCACAGGUUAUGCAGAUGGAGUCGCUAAUCGGUUCGAUCGUUCCCGGUAAAAAGGCUGACCUGGUGAUCUUUCGCUGUGACGACAUUGACACGGUGCCCGUUGCGGACCCUAUCGGCACUGUGGUCUUCCAUGCAUCAUCGAAAAAUAUUGACACGGUUAUUGUCAAUGGCAGAAUUGUUAAGCAAGACGGUCAGCUUGUUGGUGUGGACUGGCAGUCUCUGCGGGGCGAAAUAAUACGCAGAUCACAGCGGCUAAGGGCCGAAGCAGCCAAAGUCGAUAUGGAAAAGCCCGAAUCGGAAUUCCGUUCCAUAUUUGAGAAGGCCAUGCAAGCGUGAACACCAUCAAGGCAGAGCUGAGAAGCCUUAUUGGAAAGGAUGGAAGGGCUGAUGACCUAUGUAAUUGAACUUAUACGUUCUUUUUAAAUUUAUUUUAUAUCUGUU